UCCAGCCGUCCUCCCCUGGCGGAAGUUUGUCACGUCGCAGUUGUCUCCGUACAGCGGAAGUGUGUCGCCGCUUAGGUGACGCUGGGAAGUGCUUGCAGCCGCCGCCGCUGCCUUUUGGUUGAAGCACUAUGGAGGGAGAGAGAAAGAACAACAAUAAACGGUGGUAUUUUACUCGAGAACAGCUGGAAAAUAGCCCAUCCCGUCGUUUUGGCCUGGACCCCGAUAAAGAACUUUCUUAUCGCCAGCAGGCGGCCAAUCUGCUCCAGGACAUGGGCCAACGUCUUAACGUCUCACAAUUGACCAUCAACACUGCUAUAGUAUACAUGCAUCGAUUCUACAUGAUUCAGUCCUUUACACAGUUCCAUCGAAAUUCUGUGGCUCCAGCAGCCUUAUUUUUAGCAGCCAAAGUAGAGGAGCAGCCCAAAAAAUUGGAACACGUCAUCAAGGUAGCACAUGCUUGUCUCCAUCCACAGGAAUCACUUCCUGAUACUAGGAGUGAGGCUUACCUGCAACAAGUUCAAGAUCUGGUGAUAUUAGAAAGCAUAAUUCUGCAGACUUUAGGCUUUGAACUAACAAUUGAUCACCCACAUACACAUGUGGUAAAGUGCACUCAACUUGUUCGAGCAAGCAAGGACUUAGCACAGACUUCUUACUUCAUGGCAACCAACAGCCUGCAUUUGACCACAUUUAGCCUGCAGUACACACCUCCUGUGGUGGCCUGUGUCUGCAUUCAUCUGGCUUGCAAGUGGUCCAACUGGGAGAUCCCAGUCUCAACUGAUGGGAAGCACUGGUGGGAGUAUGUUGACGCCACUGUGACCUUGGAACUUUUAGAUGAACUGACACAUGAAUUUCUACAGAUUCUGGAGAAAACCCCCAACAGGCUCAAACGAAUUCGGAAUUGGAGGGCAUGCCAGGCUGCCAAGAAAACAAAAACGGAUGACCGAGGAGCAGAUGAAAACACUUCGGAGCAGACAAUCCUUAAUAUGAUUUCCCAGAGCUCUUCAGAUACAACUAUUGCAGGUUUAAUGAGUAUGUCAGCUUCUUCUACCACAAGUGCAGUGCCUUCCCUUCCAGCCACUGAAGAGUCAACCAGUAACUUAAGCAAUGUGGAGAUGUUGCCGAGUGAGCGUUGGCUGUCCUCCCACCCUCCUUUUAAGGUAGAACCUGCUCAGGGUCAUCGGACUAGUGAGAAUUUAGCACUUAUAGGAGUUGAUCAUUCCUUGCAACAGGAUGGUUCAAAUGCAUUUGUUUCCCAGAAGCAGACUAGUAAGAGUGUGCCAUCAGCUAAAGUAUCACUGAAAGAAUACCGUGCAAAGCAUGCAGAAGAGUUGGCUGCCCAGAAGAGGCAACUGGAGAACAUGGAGGCCAAUGUGAAGUCACAGUAUGCCUUCGCUGCCCAGAAUCUUCUGGCUCACCAUGAUAGCCAUUCUUCCCUCCUUCUGAAAAUGCCCACAGAGGGCUCAGAAAACCCUGAGCGGCCUUUUCUGGAAAAGACUGACAAAACGGCUCUCAAAAUGAGAAUCCCAAUGACAAGUGGAGAUAAAGCUGCCACUUCAAAACCAGAGGAGAUAAAAAUGCGCAUCAAAGUUCACACUGCCGCUGACAAGCACAAUUCUGUAGAUGACAGUGUCACAAAGAGCCGUGAGCACAAAGAAAAGCACAAGACUCACCCAUCUAAUCAUCAUCAUCAUCAUAAUCACCACUCACACAAACACUCUCACUCACAGCUUCCAGCUAGUACUGGGAACAAACGUCCAGGUGAUCCAAAACAUAGUAGCCAGACAAGCACCUUAGCACACAAACCCUAUAGCUUGUCUAGCUCUUUCUCCUCUUCCAGUUCUUCUCGUAAAAGGCCCUUCCCUGAAGAGACUGGAGGGGCAGUGUUUGAUCAUUCAGCUAAGACUGCCAAGAAUACUAAAUCCUCUUCCAUAAAUUUCUCCUUCCCUCCUCUUCCUGCAAUGGCCCAGUUGCCUGGGCAUAGCUCAGACACAAGUGGCCUUACUUUUUCACAGCCCAGCUGUAAAACUCGAGUUCCUCACAUGAAAUUGGAUAAAGGCUCCACUGGGGCCAAUGGUCACAAUGCAACCCAGACCAUAGACUAUCAAGAUACUGUGAAUAUGCUUCACUCCCUUCUCCAUGCCCAAGGCGUUCAGCCCACUCAGCCACCUGCGUUUGAAUAUGUUCAUUCUUAUGGAGAAUAUCUGAAUCCACGGGCUGGUGGAAUGUCCUCCAGACCUGGCAAUACAGACAAACCCCGGCUACCACCUCUACCAUCAGAACCUCCUCCACCACUUCCACCCCUUCCCAAGUAAAAAAGAAAAAGAGGAGAAAAAAACUUUAAAAACACAUCUUUUUUUUUUUUUUUAAA